GGUACCGAUUUAGAUACCGCUUCUUCUCUGGAUGCUACCGUUGUUGGUUGUUUUCCGGAAGAGCAGCAACAAAUUUUUAUCAAGGAUAAUGCUUCAGCCGGCGUCCUGCGGGUGGUUAAAUUGGAAGAACCAGAUUUUCCACUGGAGUUUUACUAUAUGCGUGAGACGAGGCGACGUGUUGUCAUCGCUUUCCGUAGUGGUAGAAUCUCUAUUGACGUGCGACCCUCAAUUUGUCCCGCUUUGGCACUCACUCACAGCGUAGGGCGCUUUUCGUGCCUACUCAUGCCAUUCUACUCUGUGGGGUUGUUGAAUUUGCUAAAUUAUGGUCUCCUGCCGCAGCAAACAUUGGGUUCUAAAAGAAUGAAGAAUACUAGAGCACCACACUCGUCUCUGAACGCUCCUUAUCGUCUCCUGUCGCCAUCAUCGCCGCCAUCACUGCUGCGACAGGAGGAGGAGCUGGUGGCGCUCUACCUUAGUCUGGAGCUUCUAUGGAUUGCUGAAGGGCUCCAUAAUCAUGCAAAGAUUAUUCACGGGGAUAUUAAGCCGGACAACUUUCGAAUUAAUGACCGGUUCCCCUUUUUAAAUGUAUCGAUGUUGGAUGAGAACGUGGCAAAUGCAGGAGCCGAGGCAGAUGGGGUGGCUAGCGACAAUUUUACUAGUUGCCUGAUGUCCGACCGAUGCACCAAGGUCCUGGUGCUCCUGGAUUUCGGGCUGUGCAUUGACAUGGCUCGACUUCCACCGGGUACGGUGUUUACGGUAGGGAAGAAACGCUCCUUUCCUUGCAUUGAGAUGCUCACCGGUCAACCGUGGACUUAUCAGGCAGGUCCUGGCAUCACUCACCGUCUCAGCAUUCCUCACUACUGCUUACUUUUCUCUGAACCACAGCUGGACCUAUUUAACAUUGCUGGCGUGAUCUACACACUGGUCUUCAAGCACUAUAUGGAGGUGGAAUGCUUCAACGGCGAAUGGCGUCCUAAAGUUCUACCGCGUUCAAACCGAGUCUACAGAGCAAUAGAGGUCUGGCGCAAUAUCUUUUCUGCUCUUCUGAAUGUUCGCAGCUGCGCACCCGCGGAUUACCCGGAUUUGGCCGCUCUUCGUGCACAAUGCGAGGCGUUCCUCCUCGAACAUGCAGCUGCUUACAACGUGGCUGCCGAGAAGGCAAACGCCAUCAUCUGUCAUUUGAGUCUAGGUUUCAAUGAAUGA